UAAACUUUGCUACACAAUAUUAAAAACGAAGGAGCAGUCUCACCACGAGGUAAAACUGUAUAGACUGCGUACUUUCUAACACAGUGGUAUUUUUCAAACAAUUAUCGCCAUCUCUAGGUCAGGCCAAGUACUUCGGACUACAAAUUCACUGAAAACGUUCACUGUUGAUGGCUGCCAAACAAUUAUCGCCAUCUCUAGGUCAGGCCAAGUACUUCGAUCUACAAAUUCACUGAAAACGUUCACUAUUGUUGACUGCCAAAUAAUUAUCGCCAUCUCUAGGUCAUGCCAGGUACUUCGGUCUACAAAUUCACUGAAAACGUUCACUGUUGAUGGCUGCCAAACAAUUAUCGCCAUAUCUGGGUCAGGGCAGGUACUUUCGGUCUACAAAUUCACUGAAAACGUUCACUAUUGUUGACUGCCAAACAAUUAUCGCCAUAUCUGGGUCAGGCCAGGUACUUCUGGAACCUUUUUCCAUGUUUAUACUACAAAUUCACUGAAAACGUUCACUAUUGUUGACUGCCAAACAAUUAUCGCCAUAUCUGGGUCAGGCCAGGUACUUCUGGAACCUUUUUCCAUGUUUAUACUACAAAUUCACUGAAAACGUUCACUAUUGUUGACUGCCAAACAAUUAUCGCCAUCUCUAGGUCAGGCCAGGUAUUUCGGUCUACAAAUUCACUGAAAACGUUCACUGUUGAUGGCUGCCAAACAAUUAUCGCCAUAUCUGGGUCAGGCCAGGUACUUCUGGAACCUUUUUCCAUGUUUAUACUACAAAUUCACUGAAAACGUUCACUAUUGUUGCUUUGCAUCUAACGGCGCCGAUGACUUCUAAUACAACUACCGCCAUCUCUAGGUCACACCAGGUACUUCUAGGAUCGUCCGUACCGAUUGCGUACUUUUUAAUAAUACACUGUCCUCGUAUAUUCGAAUCUUGUCACCUUUAACAUCUGGCCUGUACUGUUUUACGCAUUUAUGUAUACCAAUUAAAAAAAUUACAUUACAAUUAAAAGCUAUAAAUGUUUAUUAAUUCUACGCUAGGCUACAUAUUAAAAAUGAUGUUUGUGUCGGAAAGAACAUUGUUAAUAGUAAUUUUAUUACUUUAUCGGAUAGUUAAUAGUUCGCAGUCACGUUGUAAAUAUGAAAAUGAACGGUUUUCAUGUGAAAAUAUCAUAUUACAAGAUUUCUACAAAGAAUUAUUCAGCGAGGAAUGGAAUUUUAUGUUAACUACAGUUUCGUCGAUAGAAAUCUCGAAUUCUAACCUCACAAUUAUCGAAUACUUGUAUAAAACAAGUCGUUUGGGUAACAUUGAAAAUUUGGCGAUUAAAAAUAGCUCGGUGGGGAUAAUCUACAACUCAUCUUUCAACGAUUUCGAACAUCUGAAGAUACUCGAUUUGGGUUUUAAUAAAUUGCGAUCCGUAAGUUUUUCGGAAAGUCUACCUAACACUAUAAGUCAUCUUCUAUUGAACAACAACAACAUAACUAAUGUUUCGUUGAAUUUUCUACGUUUACCUUUAUUGAAAUAUUUAGAUUUAAGUCAUAACAAAAUUAAAAACAUCGAAUUUGGACAAAUAAAUCAAUUAUACGAUAUUAAUUUAAGCAACAACGAAAUUAUUUCAUUGGAAUCGUUCCAGUUAAUUCAACAUUUAGUUCGUUUAAAUUUAGGUUCUAAUAGAAUUGACACAUUCGAAGAAAAUCGGAUGCCAAUAGGAAUCGAAUCGUUAGAUUUAAGCUACAAUAAUUUAAGUUCAAUAAGUCUAUUGUACGGGAAAAAAUAUUUGAAUUUAGCUGGAUGUAAAUUAGAUACAUUCCAUGCUAAAAUACCGAUAAGUUACUUAAAUUUGAAACGAAAUAAGUUUCACAACUUAUCUAAUUUAACGUUAAGUUUGAAGAAAAAUUUUAAUUUUAACUUUGUAUCAUCAUUGGAUGUAUCUAAUUCUUCGAUUUACGAAAUAACCGAAAAUUAUUUUAACGAUAUGCAGUUUGAAGUACUCAAUUUGAGUUUGAAUAGAAUCGAAGUUAUUCGUGAAAAUACUUUCUCGAAUUGCGGUAUUUUCAUAUUAGAUUUGUCCGAAUCGAAAAUCGGUUUACUACAAAAGUAUAGUUUUAAUAACGUUUUUAUGAACACACUGUAUAUGAUGCGAAAUAAUAUAUCCACUUUAGAUAAUUUCAGCUAUGAAACCGAAGUUUUUACUAUUAAUUUAUCUUUUAAUCCCAUUAAAUUUAUUAAAAAUAAUUAUUUUAAAAAUUGUAAAAAUCUUAUGAGAUUGAUUUUGUCGCAAUGUCGUGUUCAUAAUAUUGAACCGAAUUCUUUUACUACUACAUUGAAAUUUUUAGAUCUAACUUUUAAUAAAUUAAAUAUUUUAGACGAAAAUAUAUUUGGUUGGAAUAUUGACGAGAUAAAUUUGAAAGGAAACGCGAUUUCUAGGAUAAAAAAAGGAUCUUUUAGUAAUUUGUAUAGUCUCACUCGAUUAAAUUUAUCAAAUUUAGGAAUUAAAUACAUAGAAUCAUUCGCGUUUACGAAUUUAUCCAAAAUUCGAGAAAUUUAUUUAGAUAAUAACGAAAUAAAUCGAAUAAACGCGAAUUUAUUCACGAAUACUGAUAAAUUGAUAAAAAUCGAUUUUUCCGAUAAUCCGAUUAACGAGGUUGAACAAUUUUCGAAUAAACUAAAAUUAUUAGAUGUCACAUUAACUUUUAACGGCGAUUUCGAAUCUGAAUCUAUAUCGAAUUUUAAUAUAAAAAAAUUGAUUAUAAAAAAUUCGAAUAUAACAACUUUAAAAACCGAUAGUUUUAGAGGUUUAUUCGGUUUAUCGGAAUUGUAUUUUAACAAUUCUUCAAUUUUUUCAGUAGAAACUGGAGCUUUGAAUGAUUUAAUCAAUUUAAUACAUUUAGACGCACAUAAUCUAUUUAAAAAUAUCAAAUUUAUAGAUAAAAAUAUUUUAAACGAUUUAAAAUCUUUAACCAAACUCAAUUUAUCUAAUACAAAUUUGGAUUAUUUACAUUCUUAUUGUUUCCAAGGGUUAAAUAAACUUGAAUUAUUAAAUUUAAGUAGAAAUCGCAUCAGUGUUUUGAAAUCCGAUACUUUUUUCGGUCUAAUCGCUUUACGACAUUUAGAUUUAACAAAAAAUCAAUUAUCGACUCUAGUUUCGGGCGUUUUUAAUAGUUUAAUUAAUUUAAAAAAGUUAUACAUGGACAAUAAUAACUUGAAAAUAUUAGAAACUAAUAUUUUUACGAGUUUACGAGAUUUGGAAAUCUUGGAUGUUUCUAAAAACAAAUUAAAAAUUUUACAAAACGGUUGUUUCCAAGGAUUACAUCGACUUUCAGAAUUAAAUUUAGCUAAUAAUAAUAUAGAACACGUCGAUAUAAGUUUGUUUAAACCUUUAAAAUAUUUGAAAAUAUUGAAUAUGAAUAACAACAAUCUCGGUUUGAACGGAUCCUCUCAUAAUUCUUUGGCAAUAAAUACAUUAUCGAGUUUAAUCGAUCUAGAAAUUUUAGAUUUGACUUAUAAUUUUUUGAGUAAUUUAAAUACAAAAUUUGUAUUCAUGUCUUUGAGGAAACUAACUCAUUUAUAUUUGGAUCAUAACUAUUUGAAAUUCUUGGAUUUCGAUAGCUUGUUAAAGAAUUCGAAACGUCUCGUUUAUGUUGGCGUAUCUUAUAAUUUGUGGAAUUGCACUAUUUUGGCCAACGUCGUUGAAAUUUUGUACAGCCACAACGUAAAUUAUUAUCCUAAUGAACCAGUUUUCGAUGCUGAUAACAUUGAAGGAAUAAAUUGUGUCGAUAUUUGUAGAUACUUAUAUUGUGAUACAGAAUUCAAUUAGAUAACGAAAUGUUACGAGGUGUGGUUAUUAAAUUAUUCUAUAUUCGAAUGCUCCCCUUCAAUAUACUCCCAUCUCCUCACCACACACCUUUCCAUACGUUUUUUCCAUUGAUCGAAGCAGUACUGGAAGUCUUCUUUGGUGAAGGUCUUUAGAAGCUCUACGGAUUUUUGAUUUAACGCUUCCGUCGACUCAAAUCGGGUCCCUUUCAAAGCAGAUCUUUUUCUAAACUUUCAAGAAAAUCCGAGCAGACCUUUUGACACCAAAGCUUUUGGUAAGGAGUCAGUUUUUUGGCUUUUGUCUUGUGUAACAUUUUUCUAACCGUUUCUUUAUCAUUCAGAUGCUCAUUCUACGAUCAGCACGCACAAUUUGGUUGAUUUUGGUCUCUGUUUUACUUGUUUUUUAUCUCACCCGUCUAGGGCGCCCUCUAGGCGCUCAGUCUCGUUAUUUAAUAGGCAGACCUCGUAUCAGAUAGGAACCAGCGGUAAAAAAACAUUAAAACUGUUGAAUUUUGUUAAUCAACGUCGAUUUUUAUGAAAAUUUGGAUAUAAACUCUAAUUACUCCAAAAUCUACCCUGUGCCGAAUGGUGCUUUUUAUUUUUUAGGGGUGAAAACUAUCCCUUAACGUAAAAAAUAUAAAAAUCUUCGAUUUUAGCAUGUAUUUGAGUGAAAUACAGUUUAAAUGAAUUAUUCGUAGAUCUGUUGAUAUUUUUAAACAAGUUUAUGAUUAAUCGGAGUCAUGCAACCCCUCCAAAAAUCAUCCUCUAAGGGUAGUAAUAUUGAAAGAAACUUAUUAUAAUCUCGAUUUUUAUGAAAAUUUGAUUUCAAGCUCUACUUACCCUCUUCUACGAAAUCUUCCCUGUGCCGAACCGAACUUUUUAUAUUUUGGGGGUGUAAACUAACCCUUAAUUCAAAAAAAUUUAAAAUAUCAGAUUUUGUGCAUGUUUCGGGUGAAAUAAAGUUUAAAUGUAUUACUCGAAAAUCUUUUGACAUUCUCAAAUACCUCUAUGAUCAAUCAGAUUAAUGUAACCCCUUCAAAUCAUCCCCUAAUCAUAUGAAAAGUUAAAAAAUAAUCUCAACGAUUCUUUUAUAAAUAAAAAAUUACUCAAAAGUGUAUUUAUAUUGAAUAUUUUGUCAAUAUUAUUAAUAACUGUUGCUUUUUAAAUAUUUCAACCCUUAUGAAACCCACCUUCAAAGACAAUGACAAAUUCCACAAAAAUAAUAAAAAAACAAAAAUGUUUUUAAAAUCAAUCAACAAUAUUUCUCGAUUGUACGCUCCACGUUUCUCUUUUUCCAAUGCUCCAAAAUUCGUGCUCCGAAAUUUUGAAAAAAAAGCAGUUUGGUUUUUCGACAAUAUCUCGCUCAAUUUUCAAGCUAUAAACUUUUUUAAAAAAGCAUUUUGUAGGAGAUUUCAAGUACUUCAACUUCAUAUCAAUUAAAGCUUUUGUUGACCCUCGGUUUCAAAAAGGGUUCAGCUCAAAGGGGUUGGUACGCGAAUGCAAUAUUUGAACUAAUGUAUUUCCUUGAAUUUUUUUUGUACAUAGAUUUAAAACAGCUUAAAAUUUUUGGUAAAAAAAACCCUACAAUUCAUAUUUGGAAUAUUUUCUCAUAACGUUUUUUUUUUCAAGAUUACGGAAAUUCAAUGUUCAAUAAUCAAUAAUUUUUUCUUAAAUAAGCAUUCAAAACCGGUCAAAUCGCAUGGAUCGUAUCAAUAAUACGAAAAUAAAGUUAAUUGCAAUUUGAAUACUAUUAAUUUCAAUCAGGGUGGUAAUGGCGAGGGUAUAAUUAUUACAUUGUUUCAAAAAAUAAAAAAGAAGAAACCUUAUUUUUGCUAUAAAACAAUCAAAUCUUAUGCAAAAGACUUUUGACAGUACUCAUUAUAAAGGUUUUCCUAUGUGCUUCUAAAAAGAUCUCUUGAGUUUUUUCCAAAAAUUUCAUCAAUUUCAAGUUAUUUAAGGUUAGAGGUUUUCAAUUUCAACAAGCAAUAACUCAGUUAUUAUUGAAUUUACAGAGGUCUUUAAAAAACGAAUUUCUUUGUUUUUUUAUUAGCUACAUUUUUGUUCUUAAUGAUUUUGCUGAUAAAAUGAAAACUUUCUAAGUUAUUCAUGAAAAACUGUAAAAAAUAUGCGUUUUUUUUUAAUGCAAAAUAAGAAGUUUCAAUCGUUAAAAACUCUAAAAAUAGCAACUUUAGAAAAAACUUUGUACUGUAAAAGCUGCUUAGAAUUAGUCAAUCUAUCGACCUACAAAAUUAUUUUGUUGAAAUAAUUUUUUAUCUCCAAGAAGGGGUGGCUUUCACCCCCCUUCGACACAGGGUAGGUUUUGAAGAAGGUUAUAAAUACUACCUUAAUACCAAUUUUCAAGAAAAUCUACCUUGAUUAUCAAAAUUCCACGGGAAAUCAGCUGAUACCUGGCUUAAUAUAUUACAGGUUAAAAGUUUUUGCCCACCCUAUAGUUUGCUUGAUAGAUAAACAAAAAAAAAACAGUACGAUCGAAUUUCAUAUUUAUAUUAUGGAUAAAUAAUCUUCGUCGUGGCUCCAAUCGUUUUUCGGGAUAUUCCAAAGAUGUGAGACAAUAAUUUAACCAGUAAAUCAAGAAUUUAAUAAUCAAUUAUUGAAUAAAUUAUCUAUUGUCAGAGGUGGUAGAUUUCAAUGGUUUGUUCAUCGUUUUGAACGAACGAACCAUAGAACUUUAAUUUGUAACGGUCUCUAUUAAUUUUUUCGUAUGACAGCUGUCAAAUGUUUAAUACCAAUUUGUGCAGAGAAAAGCUACAAAUUAACGAUUUUUGUCAAAAUUAUGGAUUUGUAUGUGACAUGUUUCCAUAUUUUAAGAUAUGAAGUCAAUUAUAUCGAUGAUCCUAAAACUUUUAACCUUUUUCGUUACGUGAAAAUACUUAUAUAUGAUAAUUUAAUUUAUUUUGAGAAACAAAAUUGAAUAUAUCGGUGAUACAAACCAUAGAACUUUAAUUUGUAACGGUCUCUAUUAAUUUUUUCGUAUGACAGCUGUCAAAUGUUUAAUACCAAUUUGUGCAGAGAAAAGCUACAAAUUAACGAUUUUUGUCAAAAUUAUGGAUUUGUAUGUGACAUGUUUCCAUAUUUUAAGAUAUGAAGUCAAUUAUAUCGAUGAUCCUAAAACUUUUAACCUUUUUCGUUACGUGAAAAUACUUAUAUAUGAUAAUUUAAUUUAUUUUGAGAAACAAAAUUGAAUAUAUCGGUGAUACAAACCAUAGAACUAUAACUUGUAAUAUUAUGCAUUCGUUUUUUGACAGUUGUCAUAUAUUUAAAACCAAUUUGUGCAGACAUAAGUUACAAAUUGGACGAUUUCUGUCAAAAUUAUUGAUUUGUAUGUGACAUAUUUACACAUUUUGAGGGAUGAAGUCAAUUAUAUCGAUGAUCCAGCUACAGAACUAAAACUUUAACCUUUUUCGUUACGUCAAAAUGUUUAUAUAUGAUAAUUUAAUUUAUUAUGAGAAACAAAAUUGAUUAUAUCGGUGAUACAAACUAUAGAACUAUAACUUGUAACAUUAUUGAUUCGUUUUUUCGUAGUAUUGACAGUUUCCAAAUGUUUAAUACCAAUUUGUGUAAACAAAAGUUACAAAUUGGGCGAUUUCCGUCAAAAUUAUUGAUUUUAACAUAUUUUAAAAAAUAAAGUCAUUUAUAUCGAUGAUCUAAACCAUAAAACUAAAAGAUUUGUCGUCUAAACUUGGUUUAAUCGAACAUAACCUCAACCACAAACUUUUGUAAUUUACAACAUUAUGUAAGAAUUCCACGAUCAUGUACUGGAAUUUUACCCCUCAAGCAUUGAGGAAUAUAAUUAAAAAUACUCGAACAUAUUAGGGCAAGUGUAUAGAACUAGAUUAUGGAUUAUUAGGGAAACAAGGAUCUAAAAUAAUGUGUAAUAGUAGAUAUUUUUUAUUACUAAGUUCAUUAUUAAAUUGAAAUUUUUUUAUUAAAUAUCAUUGUUUCGGGGUAUAUUUUUUGUCCACUUGUAGUUUUUUUAAAAAAAAUACAUAAGUUCUAUGGCCCUGGAAGUUUUCGAACUUGCUGUAACUUGGUUCUUGAUAAUAAAUUUGGAACAAUCAAAAUUAUUUGCCUGUACACAUAAUUAAUGAUAAAAUUUAGAUGUUUCACCUUGUAUAUACGGUUAUAAGUAGAAUUAACCAUACACGCAUACUUGAAACCCUAAUUACUACCGGGUUUAUCCAACUUUUAAAUAAAUGUUUUUAAAAUUAAAUUUGACUAAUGAACUGAAUAUUCGGGUCAUAAUUUAUUUAUAUCUGUCUGUAAACAUGAUAUAUUUCAAUAAAGAUAUGAAAAAAAAUCACAAGUUGUUUAUUUUUAUUUCUUCUACAAAUAAUACGUCAUACAUAUAGAGAUUGUAUCCAUAGAGGAAGACAAAAAGUGGCUUGAGAA